AUGCCGUCGUUUGGUCGUGAGAAGGGUCAAUCCUCGAGGACUCGCAAGUCAGAUGACGAAUACGUACUCUUUCUUCAAGGGGUUCCCGCACAUUGUCGCUGGCAAGAGUUGAAAGAUCUUGUACGCCAAACAGCGUUGCAUAUCCGUCAGGCAGUGGUUUAUGAUGACAAUCAUGGCGUUCCGACUGGGCUAGGUCAAAUUAUCAUCAAGAAUGAAGAGGAGGCAUGGCGGACUUACCAUCGACUGUCGACCAAUGGAUGGGAGGGCCGUAGCUUGAUCGUGACUCUGGCACGUACUAGCGCCCCCACGAAACCCGUUGCAGGUCCUACAAGGAGUCCCUCCGCGAUGAUGAAUGGAUAUCUGCCCGGACAAUCGACGCCGCCACCACUACUAUCCCAGGCCAGUAUGAUGGUGCCCUCGUCGCCGAUUUCGCCAAGCUCGGAUCACACCGGUGCCCACACAUGGCCAUACCCCGAUUUCAUGCCCAUGAGCGGCUCAGGUCAAAUGUGUCAUGCUCAUGGCUCAUGUCUGCCGAUCAUGUCCGACCUCCAUCAAUGUCUUCCAACCUCUCCCAUGAUCCCCUGCUCAAUGUUCGACCUGCAAGCCUGGCACAUGUUGCCUCCCAUGUACCCACUAUCCCCAGUACAAUCUCACCACGACAAUGUCCGGAGAGACAGAGACGGUCACUAUACCCACGGUGCCCAUGGUCCAAAUCAGCAAUGGGUCACCCCUCCCAGCUCAUCCAGCUCGCCCGUGCCCCAGGGUCCGAACCGCGAGACCGAGAUUCAGAUCACGAAUAUCGAUCCCAAAACCACCCAAGCAGACGUGACUCAUCUCCUGCAAGAUGCAGGACUCGGCGCCGAGCACGGCCGAAUACUACUCACCAGUCGAACUCGCGACGAUUCGCCCACGAGUACACACACCUACACCGCAUCCAUCAUAUUCAAUUCCGCAGAUGAAGCCAAAAACGCCGCGCACGUCCUGAAUGAACACCCAUUCAAGGACUCUCAAGUCCAUGUCCAAAUAACCACCCCUCGACCCUGUCCGGGACCAUCCCAACAUCAACAUCAAUCACCAAAAUCUGGAAAUUGGGCAAUCCACCCAGAUGCAGCGGACAUUGACCAAAGCGAGUCCUCCGUGCACGAGAAAAGUCCCGACUUGACUUGCGACAAAGUCAAUCCUACAACUGCACGAGAGCCCAGCCAAAUAGAUUUUUCCAGACCACUGGUCAUUGACGGUAGUGGGAUGCGGAAAAAGUGCACUUGUUGA